AUGACAACAAUCACAGAAACUUCAAACUCCAGUCAAGCUGGCUUACUUUUAAGAACAGAUACACGAGAAAGACCAAAUCGCGAGGUAUUCAAAUUAGCUCAGGAUUAUGGUCUUCCCUCUGAUCCAAACCGUAUGGAGGCUGCAAACGUCCAAGGCUGGAACUAUGGUAGGGGAAACCCUCCAAAUCCGAUUGCAGGAGUAGUGGAUAUGUCUUUAAGGCCAAAUAAUGCAACUGGAUUUGUUUUCAAUACUUUCAUUUACGUAAUGUUUCGUGGAGUUUCUGUCAUUUAUGUAAGUAAAAUCUCAUGA